CUGCCCGGGUCUUAUAAGCCUCCCCGGCCUGCGAGCGUCGGUCCGAAGUGCCCGCCGCCCUCCCUGGCCAGCGCCCCCCGCAGCAUGGUCUGGAACACCAAUCUCCGCUGGCGGCUGCCGGUCACCUGCCUGCUCCUGCAGGUGGCUCUGGUGGUCCUGUUCGGCGUGUUUGUGCGCUAUGACAUGGAUGCCGAUCCCCACUGGAUCGACAAGAAGGAGGCUGAGAACUCCACCAGCGACAUGGAGAAUGAAUUCUACUACCGCUACCCGAGCUUCCAAGAUGUGCACGUGAUGAUCUUCGUGGGCUUCGGCUUCCUCAUGACUUUCCUGCAGCGCUACGGUUACAGCUCCGUGGGCUUCAACUUCCUGCUGGCAGCCUUCGGCAUCCAGUGGGCGCUGCUCCUGCAGGGCUGGUUCCACUCCUACUACCGGGGCUACAUUCGCGUGGGCGUGGAAAACCUCAUCAAUGCGGACUUCUGCGUGGGCUCUGUCUGUGUGGCCUUCGGGGCAGUUCUGGGCAAAGUCAGCCCUGUUCAGCUACUCAUCAUGACUCUCUUCCAAGUGACCCUUUUUUCGGUGAAUGAGUUUAUCCUCCUCAAUCUGCUAGAGGUGAAGGAUGCAGGGGGCUCUAUGACUAUCCACACAUUUGGCGCCUACUUUGGGCUCACAGUGACCUGGAUCCUCUACCGACCCGGCCUACAUCAGAGCAAGGAGAGGCAGAGCUCUGUGUACCACUCGGACCUCUUUGCCAUGAUUGGCACCCUCUUCCUGUGGAUGUACUGGCCCAGCUUCAACUCAGCUGUGUCCAAUCACGGAGACGCCCAGCACCGAGCUGCCAUCAACACCUACUGCUCCUUGGCAGCCUGCGUGCUCACCUCAGUGGCACUAUCUAGUGCCUUGCACAAGAAAGGCAAGCUGGACAUGGUGCAUAUCCAGAAUGCCACGCUUGCAGGAGGGGUGGCCGUGGGGACGGCGGCUGAAAUGAUGCUCAUGCCUUAUGGCUCCCUCAUCGUUGGCUUCAUCUGCGGCAUUGUCUCCACCCUGGGUUUUGUGUACCUGACGCCAUUCCUGGAGUCCCGGCUGCGGGUCCAGGACACAUGUGGCAUUCACAACCUGCAUGGCAUCCCCGGCAUCAUCGGCGCUAUCGUAGGUGCUGUGACAGCAUCCUGUGCCAACACUGAUGUGUAUGGAGUAAAUGGGCUUACCCAAGCCUUUGGCUUUGAUGGAUUCAAGACUAACCGGACCCCAAGCAUGCAGGGCAAGUUUCAGGCUGCUGGACUCUUUGUGUCCCUGGCCAUGGCCCUGGUGGGCGGCAUCAUCGUGGGGAUUAUUUUGAAAUUACCGUUCUGGGGACAACCUGCUGAUGAGAACUGCUUUGAGGAUGCGAUCUACUGGGAGAUGCCUGAGGAGCCGAAAAGCACGGUCUUACAUCCUGAGGACUCUACCCUCAAGCCCUCAGAACCUUAAAUUCCCGGGGCAGGUGAGAAGCAGGCUCCACAGACUGUCCUGGUGCUCCCAAAGGAGCGGUGCUGACCAAGCUGGGGACACAAGAGCAAGGCGAGCAGCACCCCACCUGAUGGCCUGGCCCAGGGUGCCUCCCUUCCCUUCCCCUUCAUCCCAGGGGGCCUGCCUGAGAAUGGAGAAGGAAGAGUUAUAGACAAAAUGGGCAUCCAAGCCAGGUUCUGGCUGCAAGGAGGCCUGCCAUCAGUGGUCUUGGUGGCCACAUCUUGAGGAAAGCAGGCAGGAGAGGGACUGGGAGCUGGCAGUGGAUCCGGGCCCUCCUAGGAGACAACUCAGAGGCCAGCCACCAACUGCUGGGCUCUUCCACUCCCUGCCUGCCCCUCAGCCAGCACCUCCCUUGCUCCCUGGGUCCCCCAGACCACUCUGUGCCACGCAGACGGCAGCCUCCAUGAAUAAAUGUCCUUGGUGUUCUUUGUAGAA